AUGACGCCCUCGUUAAGGGUAAUCUUCUUACAGACGGUGCUUGAAGUGAUCCGGGCUGGGAUGCCGGGACUGUCUAUCGACCCAGAUACUAUGAACUGUACCGAUUCCCCGGACGAAUCCAACACCAACGGCUCAUCAACAUCAACAUCAAGUGCUUCCACUGCGUCUACUCCGACGGGGCGGCGGAAGAGGCAGAGGCAGGAUCUGGACAUCAACACCACAAUAUCUGACGAAUCGGAUGACGAUAAUGGGGUGCGACAGCUCUACAAGCGUGCAAAGGACCAACAGCGAAAGUUUAAUAGGAAGCGGGAUCGUAAGAAGCCGCUAACUGACCUUGGUAGCUGUAUUGAACGAGCCGCGGAGGCGAUUGGUCGCCCUAUUGGCGCUGCUGACGUAGAGGACGCGAUGAAGCUACUGCAGAGUGACGGCUUCGUGAAGAAUCUUGACUGGCGGCUGCGGGUGAAGGCGUACGAGGAGAUCGGGACGAACGUUGCGAAUAGCGUCCUCUACUGCCAGAUUAGCGAUCUCCGUGAACGGAGGUUGUGGCUAUUGACGUUAAUAGGUGCGAAGAUUGAUGAAGAAGAGGUUGAAGGUGACGGCGUCAAAGUGAAGGGAUUGAAGCAGAAGGCACCAAUAGGGGUAGGGCCAGCGUAG